AUGGAUCCCCAGCAGCCCGUAUUUAGCCUGAUGCGGUGCAUCUGCCCCUGCCUCAGACUCCUGCCACUACCAAGCAUGGACUGGAAUAAGGGCGACGACAGGCUGCUGCAGGCAGCGGAACAGAACGAGCCGGACAGAGUCUCUGCCCUCAUUGUGAAGAAGGGCCUCUGUCCGACCAAGCUGGACGGCGAGGGCAAGUCGGCGUACCACCUUUGUGCAUCCAGAGGUUGUCUAGAAAGCUUGGAGGUCAUAAUCUCUCAUGGAGCCGAACUCAACGCCACCGAUGGUGCUGGCUUUAGUGCCCUUCAUCUAGCAGCCAAAAACGGACAGCCAGAGUGUUUGAAGAGACUUCUACAGGAGAGGUUGCCUGUCGACUGCAGAGACAACAUUGGCAGGACCCCCUUGCAUCAUGCAGCGGUGGGCGGCUGCUUGUCCUGCACUGAGACCCUGUGGGACUUCAAAGCCAACCUAGACGCCCGGGAUGCGGAUGGAGCCACCCCGCUGAUCCUGGCAGCCCAGAUGAGCAGAAUGGAGUUGUGUGCCUUUUUAUUGGGCCGAGGAGCCAGUGCAAAUAUACAGGACAACCAAGGAAGGUCUGCCCUGAUGCUGGCCUGUGAGAGUGACAGCGCUGAGACGGUGGAGGUUCUGCUGAGGGGCGGGGCCAACACGCAGCUUGCCGACACCCUCGGACACGCUGCCGCCGACUACGGCGAAACCGCAGGAAACCAGCGCGUCGCGCAGCUGCUGCGAAACGGAGCUCCUCCAGUCACUGAGGUCACAGGCGAGGAGCAACCCCAUGCCCCCCUGCCUGUGCAUGGGGGUACAACCCCCCGGAAGAGGAAAGCCCCGCCACCACCCCACUCUCCUCACCAGGGCUUGCCACUAUCGCCACAGUCCAAGACUCCUGCUCCCUCUGUUUGCUCCCCUGAGCCCGAACCCCAAUGCCCCUCUCCCUCUCUUCAGACCCCUGAAACACAGAACCCCAACCAGGCCAGCCUUGCAGAAGACGAGGAGGUGUUCGAGGAGAUCAGACGGCUACGUUUGGAGAGAGGCCGCCUGCUUCAGAAGAUCAAGGGCCUGGAGCAACAGCAGCAGAGCGCCCUCUCUGCCUUGGAGGAGUUGUCUCAGCUCAGACAGCGUCUGGAGCAGGCAGAGGCGGAAAGGGACAGGCUUCAGGAGGAGUUGGAGGAAAUGAAGGGAGGCCAUGGUAUCGGGGCCAGCGAUCCUGAAGACCUGGACGAAAUGCUUGACUUCCCAGGUGUGUAGAAGCUGCUGUCCAGGAGUUCCAGGAAAACUCCUGCCCAGGAGGACACCACUUCUCAGGGAGAGACCACCCCAGCCGACCCCUCUACGGCCCCCGGAGACCCCGUCGCUGUCGCUGAGCUUCGCAGACAAAUAGAAGAGCUUACCUCACACAACACUGAGCUGGCUCUCAAAGUGCAGAUGAUGGAGAUGUUUGAGAAGGAUGACACGGACAUGCACACGUCCAGCCCAGACUCUGUCCCUAUUGCCCAGUAUGAGACCCUCAGGAAAGAGUACGAAGCCUUGCAGGAGCGCUACUCCCAGAGCCAGGCUUCAGAGGAGGCCUCCUGCAGCAUGGCAGAGGAGCGGGCUGUUGAGAAGCUCCAGGAGGGAGGCGGGGAGGGCGAGAGUGUGGAGGCCCUGAAAGAGAAGCUGUGUGGGGUGGUGGAGCAGCUGGCCUCCUCCCAGUCUGAGCUGAAGGAGCUGAAGGAACAGAUGCACCUCGGGGUCCUCUCUGUGGAGCAGGCUGAUGGUGAACAGACGGGAGAUCCCCCUAUGACAGGGGGUAGGACUGGGACGGUGAAAGGAGAGGAGGAGGUGGAGCAGCUGAGAGUGAGGUUGAGGGAGCUGGAGGCGGCGCUAACUAAGAGACAGGGGGAGGAGGCAGGGAGGUCCCCUGGAGACAGCCGGGACAGUGACAAAAUCAAACAGCUGACAGCCAAAGUCAAGGAACUCCAAGCGGCCCUGGCUGAGAGAGAGUUGGUGGGAAAAGCGGAGGAGGGAAGGGGCGGCGAAAGAGGUGAGGGGGAGACGAUCCAGCGCCUCAGGGACAAGGUGACCGAACUUCAGGCGGCCCUGGCGGAGAGCGGGGCUUCGGGGAAGGCGGAUGAAGCGGGAGGUGAGCUGGUGCGUCGGCUCCAGGGGCGCGUGGGCGAGCUGGAGGGGGAACUGAGGAGGUGUGUGCCUCGGUCGGAGCUGGAGGAGGUGCAGGUGACCCUCAGCCUUCAGUGUGAACAGCUGGCCAGGGAGAGGGCGGAAGUGGCUGCCAGGCUCAACCAGGCCCUGCUGGAACUGGAGAGGCUCAGGCCGCCCCCUCACAGAGACGGAGACGAAGAGGAGGACGAAGAGGAGGAGGAGGAAGAGGAGGAGCACUCCGAGAGCUCAGAGCUUUCAGCCACUUCAGAGCGCUCCAGGCGGAAGCUGGCAGCAGUGAGGGAGGAACUGGAUGUGGCGAGGCAGGAAGCGGCCCAGGCUUUAGACUGUCUGUGUGCUGAGCGGGAGGGCCGGGCACAGGACGCCCUGCAGCUGAAAGACGCAGUGCCCCUGUCUAAACACAAGAAGGCGCUGUCCGCCGUGUCAGAACAGCUGGCUCAGACCCUGAAGGAGCUCCAGGAGGAGAAGACCCGGAGUGACCAGGCCCAGGAGCAGGCAGCCAGGCUGGAGGCUCAGCUACUGGCCGGGCAGGAUGCCGUACCCAAGGAGGAGCAUGAAAAGGUUAAGGCAGACCUGCAGCGCUCCCUGCAGGCCAGUGAGAGCAGUGCAGUAGCAGCACGGGAGGCUCUGAGCGAGAGGGAGACGGAGUUGAGGGAGCUGAAGUCCCAGAAGGCCGCAGAGCAGGGGCUGAUCUCCAAGGAGGACCACGAGGCCCAGCGGCUGUCCCUGCAGGCCGAGAUCAACACCAUUACCGCGCGUUUCAACGACCUCACCCGCAAACACGAAAAGACCUGCACAGAGGUGUUUCAGGUCCAGAGGGAGGCUCUGUUUAACAAGAGCGAGCGGCAGGCGGCUGAAGCCCAGCUGGCCACAGUGCAGCAGCAGCUGGCUGAGCUGCAGGCCCAGUCCACCCACAUUCAGGAGCUCCACAAGGACAUCCAGGAGUCCCAUGGCCUGGUCAAGGAGAAGGACCGCAAGAUCACAGAGCUGUCCAAGGAGGUGUUUCGACUCAAGGAGGCUCUGGGCGCUCUCUCGCCUCCUCUCGGCAUAUCUUCCUCCUCUCCAUCGUCCACACAUCACGGUAACCCCGGGCAACAGGUGGCGCUGCAGAACAGGGUGGCUAUACUCUCCCAGCAGUUACAGGAUUGGGAACGAAAACAUAAGCAGGUGGUGGCAGUAUAUCGCGCCCAUCUACUGGCAGCUGUACAGGGUCGUAUGGAUGAAGAGGUGCAGGGUUUGCUCCUCCAGAUCCUGCGGAUGACACAAAAGGAGUAACGUUGACCUCCACCCUCCGUCUCUCCACCUCCACCUGCAGUCCUUUGACAUGGCAACACAGUGCGGCUGACGGGGCCCAGAUAUCAUCACAUGCUAAUCGAUACAUGAACACUCUUGAGGAGCCCAGGAGUGAGGCGUAUUCAGGAGCAGCUGCAUGGCCACAGGAGAGCAGCUCCCACUCACAGCCUCAGAACCUUCCUACCAGCCAAGCAGCAGAACCUGCAGAGAGCCUGCAUGGCUGAACGACGGAGGACUUGUCCAGGUUUGUGGCAGCAGGAAGGGAACACAUAGUGGAGGAUUAUGAAUUAUUGUCUGUGUGAUGAGCCUACUGAUUUUGUAUCAUGUUGUUAUAAUAAAGUUGUAAAACAAA